AUGGAUACCGAUCGCAUUGAACAGCCCGACGUAUUGUCGCCUCAGGCUUCGAGAUCGCUGCUAAUGCGUAAGAGUCAAGUAAAGCCAGAUAUCGAAAAGAAUGAUUUGUGUGACAUUAACACGCAUACAGAGCAGACCAGGCCUGUCAAGUCUGGGAAGAAGAUGCCAAGUUUCAUCGAGGACGAUGGAAUAGUGUAUCCUGAGGGAGGCUUGAAGGCCUGGAUUGUUAUUUUCGGCUGCUUCUGCGGGUUUAUUCCAGUUUUUGGUAUGUUGAACACCAUUGGUGUUAUAGAAACAUACGUGGGUAAGAACCAGCUUUCAGACGUCUCUUCUUCUACUGUGGGUUGGGUCUUUUCCAUCUACUCGUUUGUGAACUUUGCGAGCUGUAUCUUUUCCGGAACAUAUUUUGACAGAAACGGUGCGAAAUUGCCAUUGGUUGUUGGGUCUUUAUUCCAUGUGGGUGGGCUCUUCGGUAUGGCCAAUUCCACCAGGCUAUGGCAUUUCAUCUUGUCCUUCUCCAUUCUCACUGGUUUAGGUAACGGUAUACUUAUGAGUCCCUUGGUCAGCGUCCCCUCCCAUUAUUUCCUGGCCAGGAGAGGUACUGCUACCGCUGUGGCCACAACGGGUGGCUCCAUUGGUGGUAUCAUGUAUCCGCUUAUAUUGAGAAAGUUCUUUGCCAUGCACCAGGGCUCGAGCGACUUUUACGGGUUCGUCUGGGGUAUCAGGACUUUGGCUUUCAUCAACAUGUUUCUCUUGCUGAUCGCCAUGUCGCUUGCCAGAGAAAGGCUACCACACAAGGAUUUGAGUGAGGAAGAAAAAGCUAUUCCAGUCUGGAGGCGCAUAUUGAACACUUACUUCGUUCGCAGUUUUGAUAUCUUCGCCUUCAAAGAGUUGAAGUACGCCUUUUGUGUUUUUGGGACGCUAUUCGGUGAGAUUAGUAUAAUCACUGGUAUCACAUAUUUCGGUUCAUACGCAAUGAAGCAGGGCAUGAAGGAGUCUACCACAUAUCUAUUGUUUAUGGUCAUCAACAUUGCCGGUAUUCCUGGUAGAUGGUUGCCAGGAAUCUUUAGCGAUAUUUUCGGUAGAUUCAAUGUGGCCAUAUUCACUCUUUCUAUACUCACACUCUUGACAUUCGUCAUGUGGCUACCAUUCGCAAACUCCGAAGGCGUUUUGUUCGCUUUCAGUGCUCUCUAUGGGUUCUUUUCUGGUAGUAUUUUCAGCAUUCUUCCAGUUUGCUGCGGCCAAAUCUCGAAAACAGAGGAAUUCGGAAGAAGAUAUUCUACAAUGUACUUCGUUGUUGCCUUUGGUACGUUGGUCGCAGUUCCUAUAUCUGGUGCCAUCAUUGGUACAGACAAGAGCUCUGCAGGAUACGACCACUAUGUUAUUUGGUGUGGUGUGACAUCAUUUGUGUCCGCAUCAUGCUACUUCAUCUCUAAAACCAUAGCUGUUGGCUUCAACAGAAGCAGGUUCUAA